GGCCAAUUCCGCUGUUUGGUACAGAAACACAAUAGGAGGAGGGAGUGGGCUUAUAAGCAAGUUCCUUUUCUCCAGAGUUCACCAGCGUGUCCUGGGAUCUGAGAUCCUGAAAUUCUCUGAGCAGGGAACACUCAUCCCACGACUUUCUUUUUCUUCAGCUUUAAACAGGGUGUUUGACCUUCCACUGUGUGCGAACUGUGUUCCUUACCUCAGAAUAAAUCAGGGCUUUGCACUGAGCUGGCAGAGCUCAGGACACAUUUCCUGUCGCAGCCUAAGCAAAGCUGGCAGGGGCUUCUCCCCGGUGGACGGGAGGGUGGGGUCCUGCAAAAGUGAGGGCAGAAGGGAGGGGAGAAGGGACCGAGUGGGGCCAGCCAGCUCUAGAGGGCGGUGACUGAGCUCCAGAGACAGCUCGGCGCCCUCGAGCAGGACAGAUAGUUGCGAGCAGUGGCUUCUUGUGGGCGCGGGCCUCCAAGAUGAGGCGGGCGCUCGCCUUGUGCCUCCUCUGGCAGGCGAUCUGGCCCGAGCCGGGAGGUGGUGAGCACCCCACCGCCGACCGCGCCAGCUGCUUGGCCUCGGGGGCCUGCUACAGUUUGCACCACGCGACGAUGAAGAGGCUUGCGGCCGAGGAGGCCUGCGCCCUGCGCGGCGGGGCGCUCAGCAGCGUGCGUGAGGGAACCGAGCUGAGCGCUGUGCUCGCGCUUCUGCUGGCAGGCCCACGGCCGGGAGAAGGCUCCAAAGACCUUCUGUUCUGGGUGUCGCUGGAGCGCAAGCGUUCCAACUGCACCCUGGUGAACCAGCCUUUGCGGGGUUUCUCCUGGCCGUCCUCCGACGCCAGCGGGUCUGAAAGCAACAACACGCUGCAGUGGGUGGAGGAGCCCCAACGUUCCUGCACCGCGCGGAGAUGCGCGGCGCUCCAGGUCACUGGCGGGGUCGAGGCCGCAGGCUGGAAGGAAAUGCUAUGCCACCGGCGCGCCCAGGGCUACCUGUGCAAAUACCAGUUUGAGGGCUUGUGCCCCGCGCUCCGCCCAGGGGCCACCUCUAAUUUGAGCUACCGCGCGCCCUUCCAACUCUCCAGCGCGGCGCUGGACUUCAGUCCCCCUGGGACCAAGGUGAGUGCGCUCUGCCCGGGGCAGCUACCCAUCUCAGUUACCUGCGUUGCCGACGAGACCGGCGUGCGCUGGGACCGACUCCCCUCGGGCGCGGUGCUCUGUCCCUGCCCUGGGAGGUACCUCCGUGCUGGCAAAUGCGCGGAGCUUCCUAACUGCCUGGACGACUUGGGAGGCUUUGCCUGCGAAUGUGCUGAGGGCUUUGAGCCGGGGAACGACGGACGCUCUUGCGUGACCAAUGGGGAAAGACAGCUAGCCCCUGGAGGGACCAAAGUGCCCACCGAGAGUCCGCCGGCCUCUGAAACCAGCCCCAUACCGAAGAGAAAGUCGUCACCUAGGGACCCAGAGAAGCCAAGAGAGAUACCCCAUGUCCCUGCACAAGGCAGUUCAGCCACCUCUAUUCCUGAGAUUCCUCAGUGGGGAGCACAGAGCACUGUGUCUACCCUUCAAAUGUCCCCUCAAGUCAAGUCAAAGGCCACCAUCACCCCCUCAGGGAGCGUGACUCCCACAGCUCUCUCUACCAGUCCCCAAGCUUUGGACUCUUCCUCCACCGUGGUCUUCAUCCUCGUGAGCGUAGCAGUAGUGGUGCUGGUGGUCCUGACCAUGACCGUGCUGGGACUUUUCAAACUCUGCUUUCACAAGAGCCCUUCCUCCCAGUCACCCAAGGGCUCUUUGGCGCCCCCAGGUAUAGAGAGCGAUGCUGAGGCCGCUGCUUUGAGCUCCAAUUCUGCACAUUGCACAAACAGUGGUGUGAAGGUCGGGGACUGUGGUUUUCCAGACCAAACAGAAGCCACCUCGCUGGCAGGGUCCUCUCUUGGCUCUGGCCACACAUAGAGGAACAGGGACAGGGGCACUUCUGGUAAACUGAGUUUUUCACUUUGGAUGAAAAGGGUAACAGAGAAAAACUUAUUUGCGGGUAUUUCCUGCAGAAAUACCCCCUUCUCUAAAUUCCCUCUACAUUACUGAUGAGCUAAAUCAGAACAGCAGACUCCUUCCCUGAGAUGGAAGCGGGAUGUGCUUCAGGGUGGUACUGAGGGGCAGAGUCCUACUGGGGAGAGGUAUUUUCUGAUGUUUAUUCUGGAGCUUUGGGAGAAGCGAUCAAACUUUUCAAGACUUGGAAACAAAUAGAAAACAAUGCAAUUAAUCAAAAAAUAUUUUUUUUACCACAUGGAAAGGAAAUCUGCUUACAUUUUUCGGGCUGGGAAUAUAUCGGUUUGAAAUUCCCUGGCCAAAAAUAAAUUAAUAAAUAAAUAAAGGAUUGUUGAUAACCCAGACUCAAAUAUCAUUGACUUCCUUGAGGAGUAAUUAUUUAGGAGAUCCACCGAGGGGCAUGCUGGUAAUUGUGCUGCUUUUAGAGUGAGGAGAAAGUCCUUAACUCCUUCAAAUUGAGAACCGAUCUCUGAGAACUGGCAACUUUUUCUUUGGCUCUUUUAUCCUUUGUUUUCAAAGUCACUGCUACUUGUGUGCUUUGCUAUAAAUCCAAAGUGUAGUGUUGCCAGAGUUGGUAGCUCUAGAAGCAAAUUAUAGUUGACCACAAAUCCAAGUCUUUACUCUGUGUCCUUGCCCAAGGAAACAAAUGAUUUGUGUUUUACCCUUCUAGUCCUUCCAAUGUUUGUGACUUUCUGUAUAAUGUGACCUUCCCAAGCAAAUAGCCUUCUCUGAAACAUCAAGAUUCUGAUCCUCUCUUCCGGUUAUGGUCACGUUAAUUCUCAAUUAAAAAGCUAAUGCCAAGUAUUGAUUUGCAAUCUUUGGGCUGCACUAAAGCAAAAGUAAGCUGGGUUUCCUCCAAAGUUCCUAGGCUCUUGUGCAUUUUUUAAUUCAUGGAAAAACUUAAGUACUACACCAUUUCCUUUUCUUCUGGAUGACAGUGUGUGCAGUAACAGUACUUCCUCCUCUGGGAAUGGCUACAGUUUUACAAGAGUCUACAUGAGCCACAAUAGAUUUCCAAAAGAAUUCAUAGUAUAAGAAAUAAAUGAUAAGGAAAUCUACCAUACUGUUGUGAUGUAGGGUAUUAGAAAGUGAUCUAAAUGAAAAAUACCUCUGAAAAAUAAUUGAGACAUAAUAAAAGUCACUAUCUAGUGGAAUCAAGGUCCCUAGAAAAUAUCCCACUUUUAUUAGUCUGCUGAGACUUUAAAAGUAGAUGUGUGGGCAUCAGUGCAUGGGAGAGAGAUAAAAGCAAGAUUCGUAGUGGGGAAGAAUGAAAACAGGAAGAAGCUUUGUGAAUGUAUGAUAUAUUGAAUGGAGAGCAGACUUAAAAUUAGUAAGA